ACUGCCAAGAUAGAUUUAAUUGUCAAAUUGAUACUGAAAACUCUGAAAUGUUUAAAGUUGUUCCUAUUGUAGUGUUUUUGUUUAUAUCUAUUAGCAUUAAUGAAAUAACAACAAAUGAAACGAUGAAAAAUAUAACGUCGGGGUUUUUGAAGGUGUUAGAUGAUUGUAAGCAUGAGCUUAAUUUAAGCGAAAACGUACUAGCCGAUAUGUACCACUUCUGGAAGGCGGAUCACGCUUUGCUCCACCGAGACACAGGAUGCGCCAUCGUAUGCAUGAGCAAAAAGCUGAACCUGCUCGAUACUAGUGGAAAGCUUCACCAUGGAAACGCGCAGGAGUUUGCUGUCAAUCAUGGCGCUGCGAGCGACAUGGCAUCGAAGCUGGUAAGCGUGGUCCACGAAUGCGAGCAGAAGCACGAUGCUGAAGAGGAUCCGUGCCUCAGAGCGCUGGAGAUAGCCAAGUGCUUCCGUGAAGUCAUGCAUGAGAUGAACUGGGCUCCGAGGAUGGACAUCAUCAUCUCUGAAGUGCUCACUGAGAUAUAGAUAAACGAAGAAACUAAACGAAUAAUAAAUAAAGAAGUAAAACGUAUGAAGCAUGCAAAUAAGCAAACAAGUUAAUAUUAGGUUACUUACUAAAAUAUUUUUUUAAGUAGGUUAUUUUUUGGAAUAGUUAACGUCUAUUGUUUAUUUAUAUUUUAUUUUUUGAACCCUUAAUUGUUUAAUUUUUAAUUUAUUAAUAAUUUUUAUUAUUAAUUCUGUAAUUUUAUGUUUAUUGUUGUACUUAGUUAUUUCUGAUACCCCGGGAAAACGAAUUGGGAUACUGUUGUGAUUCCCUGUCUAUUUCAUAUAAAUAACUAAAUUACAGUUUCUUAUUGUAUAUUUACUUUGGUUACUUAUUGCAGCUACAUAUGACGAGUAUGUAUUGUAUGUUGCAACGGCCGAGCUUCCUGGAAUUUUUUAGAAUAUUAAAUUGAAAAAAUCAA